AUGGCGGAAAACAAAGGCGGCGGCGAGGCUGAGAGCAGCGGCGGGGGCAGCGGCAGCGCGCCGGUAACUGCCGGGGCCGCGGGGCCCGCGGCGCAGGAGGCGGAGCCGCCUCUCGCCGCGGUGCUGGUGGAGGAGGAGGAGGAGGAAGGCGGCAGGGCCGGCGCGGAGGGCGGCGCGGCCGGGCCCGACGACGGGGGGGUGGCCGCGGCCUCUUCGGGCUCGGCCCAGGCUGCCUCAGCCCCUGCGGCCUCAGUGGGCCCUGGAGUUCCUGGGGGGGCGUUAUCGACGCCGGCCCCAGCUCCAGCCUCGGCUCCCGCUCCGGGUCCCUCGGCGGGGCCGCCUUCUGGACCGCCAGCCUCGCUCCUGGACACCUGCGCCGUGUGUCAGCAGAGCCUGCAGAGCCGGCGUGAGGCGGAGCCCAAGCUGCUGCCCUGUCUUCACUCCUUCUGCCUGCGCUGCCUGCCCGAGCCUGAGCGCCAGCUCAGCGUGCCCAUCCCGGGGGGCAGCAACGGCGACAUCCAACAAGUUGGUGUAAUACGGUGCCCAGUAUGCCGCCAAGAGUGCAGACAGAUAGACCUUGUGGAUAAUUAUUUUGUGAAAGACACAUCUGAAGCUCCUAGCAGUUCCGAUGAAAAAUCAGAACAGGAUUUAGAGACCUUUUCAUUCUGUGGAGAAAAUUCAGAAGUUCAGAAAAUUAUUACAGUUCUCACAGACAACCAGUAUGAAUUACAGAAAAAGAAAAUUUUGGGAAAGUAUCAAUUUUUGGAAGAAGCUUUCCAAAAUCAGAAAGGUGCAAUUGAGAAUCUACUCGCUAAACUUCUUGAGAAGAAGAAUUAUGUUCAUUUCGCAGCUACUCAGGUGCAGAAUAGGAUAAAAGAAGUAAAUGAGACUAACAAACGAGUAGAACAGGAAAUUAAAGUGGCCAUUUUCACCCUUAUCAAUGAAAUUAAUAAGAAAGGAAAAUCUCUCUUACAGCAGCUAGAGAAUGUUACAAAAGAAAGGCAGAUGAAGUUACUACAGCAGCAGAAUGACAUCACGGGCCUUUCCCGACAGGUGAAGCAUGUUAUGAACUUUACAAACUGGGCAAUUGCAAGCGGUAGCAGCACUGCACUACUAUACAGCAAGCGACUGAUCACUUUUCAGUUGCGUCAUAUUUUGAAAGCACGAUGUGAUCCAGUCCCUGCUGCUAAUGGAGCAAUACGUUUCCAUUGUGAUCCUACCUUCUGGGCAAAGAAUGUAGUCAAUUUAGGUAAUCUAGUAAUAGAGAGUAAACCAGCUCCUGGUUAUACUCCUAAUGUUGUAGUUGGGCAAGUUCCUCCAGGGACAAACCACAUUAGUAAAACCCCUGGACAGAUUAAUUUAGCACAGCUUCGGCUCCAGCACAUGCAACAACAAGUAUACGCACAGAAACAUCAGCAGUUACAACAGAUGAGGAUGCAGCAACCGCCAGCACCUGUACCAACCACCACCACAACAACACAGCAGCAUCCUAGACAAGCAGCACCUCAAAUGUUACAGCAACAGCCUCCACGAUUGAUCAGUGUGCAAACAAUGCAAAGAGGCAACAUGAACUGUGGAGCUUUUCAAGCCCAUCAGAUGAGACUGGCUCAGAAUGCUGCCAGAAUACCAGGGAUACCCAGGCACAGCGGCCCUCAAUAUUCCAUGAUGCAGCCACACCUCCAAAGACAACACUCAAACCCAGGGCAUGCUGGACCCUUUCCUGUUGUAUCGGUACACAACACCACAAUCAACCCAACGAGCCCUACUACGGCAACUAUCGCAAAUGCAAACCGAGGUCCCACCAGCCCAUCUGUUACAGCAAUAGAGCUAAUCCCCUCAGUUACCAAUCCAGAAAACCUUCCAUCACUGCCAGAUAUUCCACCCAUACAGUUGGAAGAUGCUGGCUCAAGUAGUUUAGAUAAUCUACUAAGUAGAUACAUCUCAGGCAGUCACCUACCCCCACAGCCUACAAGCACCAUGAAUCCUUCCCCAGGACCCUCUGCCCUAUCUCCGGGAUCAUCAGGUUUAUCCAAUUCUCACACACCUGUGAGACCCCCUAGCACCUCUAGUACUGGCAGUCGAGGCAGCUGCGGGUCAUCGGGAAGAACUGCUGAGAAGACAAGUCUUAGUUUCAAAUCUGAUCAAGUAAAGGUCAAGCAAGAACCUGGAACUGAAGAUGAAAUAUGUAGUUUUUCAGGAGCUGUGAAACAAGAAAAGACAGAAGAUGGCAGGAGAAGUGCUUGCAUGUUGAGCAGUCCUGAGAGUAGCUUGACACCACCCCUCUCAACUAACCUGCAUCUAGAGAGUGAGUUGGAUGCAUUAGCAAGCCUGGAAAACCAUGUGAAAACUGAACCAACAGAUAUGAAUGAAAGCUGCAAACAGUCAGGGCUCAGCAGCCUUGUUAAUGGAAAGUCCCCAAUUCGAAGCCUCAUGCACAGGUCAGCAAGGAUUGGAGGAGAUGGCAACAGCAAAGAUGAUGACCCAAAUGAAGACUGGUGUGCUGUCUGCCAAAACGGAGGGGAUCUCUUGUGCUGUGAAAAAUGUCCAAAGGUCUUUCAUCUAACUUGUCACGUUCCAACACUUCUUAGCUUUCCAAGUGGGGACUGGAUAUGCACAUUUUGUAGAGAUAUUGGGAAGCCAGAAGUUGAAUACGAUUGUGAUAAUUUGCAACAUAGUAAGAAGGGGAAAACUGCACAGGGAUUAAGCCCCGUGGACCAAAGGAAAUGUGAACGUCUUCUGCUUUACCUCUAUUGCCAUGAAUUAAGUAUUGAAUUCCAGGAGCCUGUUCCUGCUUCGAUACCAAACUACUAUAAAAUUAUAAAGAAACCAAUGGAUUUAUCCACCGUGAAAAAGAAGCUUCAGAAAAAACAUUCCCAACACUACCAAAUCCCAGAUGACUUUGUGGCUGAUGUCCGUUUGAUCUUCAAGAACUGUGAAAGGUUUAAUGAGGCUGAUUCAGAAGUAGCUCAGGCAGGGAAAGCAGUUGCAUUGUACUUUGAAGAUAAACUCACAGAGAUCUACUCAGACAGGACCUUCGCACCUUUGCCAGAGUUUGAGCAGGAAGAGGAUGAUGGUGAGGUAACUGAGGACUCUGAUGAAGACUUUAUACAGCCCCGCAGAAAACGCCUAAAGUCAGAUGAGAGACCAGUACAUAUAAAGUAAAAUGACAUGAAUUUAAAUCAAUUGUUUAAAAAAAAAA